AUGGUCAAACUUCCCGCGAUAUCAUCCAACUCGACAAAGAAGAUUGGUAGCCUAUUCGUCAACCCCGGAGGACCUGGUGGAAGCGCAGCAGAAAUCGUACCUUUCUUUGGCCCCGGAGCACCCGGCUUCGAUGAAACGUUACGGGCCAGCUUCGACAUCAUUGGACUGGACCCUAGGGGCGUGGGACUGAGCAAUCAGAUCCAGUGUGACAUGACUAUUUAUGCGGAGCGUGUGUCACUGUUUCCCCAAACCGAGGAGGAAUAUGAGAAGUUGGUAGACAAGAACAGGAGACUCGGCGAGUCGUGUCGCAAGCUCACUGGGCCAUUGUUUGAGCAUCUUGACACGAUCAGCGCCACAAAGGAUCACGAAGCUGUGCGAGUAGCUCUAGGCGAUGAGCCCAUCAACUUCCUCGGUCUCUCUUACGGCUCGCAGCUUGGGUACACAUACGCAGAUCUGUUCCCGAACAAUGUUCGCACCCUCGCUCUGGAUGGCAUCCUACAACACUCGCAGUCUGAAGCGACCAACUCGCUUAUCGAAAGCUCCUCUUACGAGCUUGUGCUCAACAAGUUCUUCGACUGGGCCGGGAAGAACGAAUCCUCCAAACUGAAGGGCCAAGACGUGGAAGCCCUCUGGAAGUCGCUGUUAGAAAAGGCCACAACUACUCCGAUUCCUGCAUCAAAGUGCAAUGGAAAGAAUUGCUACAAGGAUGUGAACGCCGAAGAGAUAGCUUUCAAUGCACAACAAUACCUUACGUUCUACGGCAGGAAUCCUAAUUUCGGAAGUACCUGGAGCGUUCUCGCAAACGCGUUAUACAACGCUAGUCACGGCGAUGCAACAUCUCUCUCCACGGUCAACUCAGCACAAAACGUCGCAUUCUUGGGCAUCGCAUGUUUAGACUGGACGCACAACGACAACACGCUGGCCGCUAUCCGCGCAAAAGAGACACAGGCAACUGAAUACUCUCCCUUAACGCGCGGUGCAUCUCAAAGCUGGAUUCUACAGCAUGCUUGUUUGGGUUGGCCAGUACCCAUCAAGAACCCACCCAAGAAGUUGGAUGUGAAGACUAAAGCCACGAUAUUGCUUGCAAACAGUGUCGCGGAUCCAAGCUGUGGGUUACCGUGGGCAUUGGGUAUGAUGGAGGAGUUGGAGAACAGGGUGCUUGUGACGCGAGAUGGCGCAGGACAUACGAGUUUCUUGCUCGGCGGAGAGACUCAGAAGGUCAUCAGUGACUAUUUGGUCACGGGUAAGGCACCGAAGGACGGAUUGGUCACGAAGUCGUGA